AUCCAUUUCCAGCGGCAGCACACCAACAAUUACACUCUCCCCUUCUAUCCUUUGAGCAUCAAACUGUAUGCAAAAAUUCUACAGAAAUGGAGCGAGGAAAAGAGCAAGGAAUGGUGGUGAUGCCACAACAAAACCCACUUGAACAGUUGCAAGCAAAGUUCAAGGAAUUGGAGAACAGUUUCAGGGGAUGGUUAGCCAAGCAGUCCUUACCCGUCGAGGCCGCCGUGGUUACCACCACCAGCGCCGCUCAGGGCGCUGCCAUCGGUGCUUUCAUGGGUACCCUCACCAACGAUGCCUCUCUUCCAACUCCUAAGGCUUCCCUCGACCCUCAAGCCAUGGCUUCUCUCAAGCAAGCCCAGGCUCUAUCAGGAGGUCCCUUGGUACAAGCUCGAAAUUUUGCGGUGAUGACCGGCGUCAACGCCGGAAUAUCUUGUGUUAUGAAAAGAUUGAGAGGGAAGGAGGAUGUCCAAUCUAGCAUGGUGGCGGCUUUUGGUUCCGGGGCCAUGUUUUCCUUAGUGAGCGGUAUGGGUGGCCCAAAUCAGAUUGCAAAUGCAGCUACAUCUGGUCUUUUUUUUGCUCUUGUUCAAGGCGGUCUUUUCCAGUUGGGGCAAAAGUUUUCUCAACCACCUGCUGAGGAUGUGUACUAUUCCAGAACAAGAUCCAUGUUAAGUAGUCUCGGCCUGCAGAACUACGAGAAGAAUUUCAAGAGAGGCUUGUUAACAGAUAACACGUUGCCUUUGCUCACCGAUAGUGCACUUAGAGAUGUGAAAAUACCACCUGGACCCCGGCUCCUUAUUCUUGAUCAUAUCCAGAGGGACCCAGAGUUUAAAGAGAAGCAAGGGAGACGAUGGUGAGCUAAUAUCGCCAAACCAUUUCAUCGUCCAGAAAUGGGAGUGGUUCGUAUCUUCUCCAACGAAAUGAUUUCUCCUUUUUAUUUCUUGCUGUUCUUAGCAACCAAUUUGGAUAAACAUGGUUGUUUAGAAUUCUUUAAACAAGUUUCCCCUAGCUUUAAAUGAUUUAAUUAGUUUCAAUUCUUGUUAUAAGAUGCCAUGCGCACGAGCUUGAGACAUGAGUGCAGUAAUUUUGGUA